UGGAAGUGGAGGAAUUUUUGUGCCUCUCGCAUGCAACCGAGCUUUCACUGUGCUUCUGCCUGAAGAGGAGAAGAUAGUAUAAGAGAGGAGAGACGUUAAUGGACCUGCAUCAUGGAGCGCAAACUGAAAACAUCACAAAGGAUUUACAUGUGGAGUGACGACGAGGCUGCACGCGCGGUGCAACAGGAUGGCAAUUUAAUGUGCAUGAAUGUGCGCGAGGAUUAAAAAUAAAAUAAAGUAUAAUUUAAAAAAAGACCUUAAAAUGAUUCCUGGAGUUCAGCAAGCUGUCUGUGAGAAUAUUCGGGAUUCAUUGUAGACGCGUGAGCUCGAGGAUGCACGUUUGCAUAACUACACCCGUUUAGGAUGCUUGCACUAAGGAACAGGGUUUAAGAGGCAGUUUUCUCCGGCGGACGCGGUCAUGGGUGUGCUGCUGCUCUGCCUCCUUUUGCACGCGGGAUUAGCGCGCGCCACGCACGACGGCUACGUGGAAUGGUCGGAUGGCAGUGACGACGACGACGACGAAACUGCCGAUGUCGGCGCGAGGCAACACCGAGUCCGUGGUACGGAGCGCGCGGCUUCGGCGGGGGCCGGGGCGGAGGAGUUGCCGCGCGUGGUGGCCGCCUUCCUCCACACGGGCGACGCCUCCGCGCUCGCGCACGUGAACUGCUCGCGGCGUUACGAGCUCAGCAGCCUCGGUUCCGCUCCGCCGGCGCCUCCCGUCGCUUCCGUACACUCCGUUAGCGCAGCGCUGGACGCCGUGUCACGCGCCGCCGAAUUCCUGAAUGCGCUUUCGCGAGAAACGAAGCAAGAAGACCAGCAGCAGCAGGUGUGGUAUCGCGCACUGCUUCGGAGCAUGCUGGACCGUGAGCCCAGGAUCCACCGCGUCGCGCUCGCACUUCACACUGAACAGCUCCACCUCCAGGCCAUGAGGAUGGACGGGCACGUGGAGCUGCAAGAGUUUUCGGUUGAGGAGUCCGAGUGGAACCGCCAAGCCCGGAAAAAAACCCGGAUGAUAACGCAGACCCGAAGCUCCCAAAGCACACAAGGUCACGUGCAGUGGUCUGCGCCUUAUCUGGAGUGUGAGCGCGGGCGAUUCAUCCCGCACUGGCUUCUCACCCUGUCGGUGAAAGUGUAUGGUCUGAACUCGGACACAGAGCCAGAGAUCAGGGGUGUGGUAAGGGUUGAUGUCAAUCUGCAGGAUGUGGACAUCGAUCAGUGCUCCAGCACCGGCUGGUUCGCCGGCACUCACCGCUGCAAUCUGACCACCAUGGAGUGUGAACCGAUUCCAGGCCAAGGCUUUGUCUUGGACAAGUACAAGUGCCAAUGCAGGAGGGGGUUUUACCAACACAGCCGAGUGGCACUCAACGGCUUCUCCAAAUUGGAGCGGGAUCGUUAUGUCGGGGCAGAACCCUCGGACAUGCCAGCUCGAUGUCUGCCGUGUCAGGAUGGCUGUGUGUUCUGUCGGGACGAUGCGCCGUGCCUGGCACAGGAGGAUGGCGUCCUCCGUCUCACCGUUGUCUCCUUCCAGAGCCUGUGUGUGCUGCUCGACUUCAUCUGCAUGACCGUGGUGUACCGAUUCCGGCGCAACAAGAGAAUCAAAGCAUCUGGGUUUAUUCUUCUCGAGGCCAUCCUGUCAGGUGCCAUGCUUCUCUACCUUCCUGUGAUGAUACUUUACUUUCAACCGAACGUCCUGCACUGCAUUCUCCUGAGAUGGGUUCGCCUCCUGGGCUUCGCCACGGUGUACGGAACAGUGAUCCUCAAGCUCUUCCGGGUGUUGAAGGUGUUCCUGUCGCGUACGGCCCAGCGGAUUCCCUACAUGACCAGCUGCCGUGUUCUGCGUUUGCUGGGUGCCAUAUUACUCGUAGUGCUCUGGUUCCUGGUGGCCUGGACUUCGGCCGUCUGCCAGAGCCACGAUUCCCAUCAUGGCCUCGUCGAAGAGGGCGUGACAAUAGAGGGUCUGCAGUUCACCAUGUGCAAGCUCGACCGCUGGGACUACAUGAUGGCUGUUGCCGAGCUUCUCUUCCUGGUGUGGGGGGUCUACCUGUGCUACGCCGUUCGCACCGUACCCUCUGCCUUUCAUGAGCCACGCUACAUGGCAGUCGCCGUGUAUAACGAACUCCUCGUCUCGGCCAUAUCGCACAUCAUAAGGUUCACCCUGGCUCCUGGACUCCACCCAGAUUGGAUGUUGAUGUUAUGUUUUGUUCAUACACAUUUGACGGUGACAGUGACUCUGGGAUUGCUGCUCAUCCCAAAGUUUGUGUUCACUGGUACUCACAGGCAGGACGACAUCGCCACCGAGGCCUACGAGGACGAGCUGGAAAUGGGCCGAUCAGGUUCCUACUUGAACAGCAGCAUAACUUCUGCCUGGAGUGAGCACAGUUUGGACCCUGAAGACAUAAGAGAUGAGCUAAAGAAGCUAUAUGGCCAGCUAGAGAUCUAUAAGCAAAAGAAGAUGAUGACAAACAACCCUCAUCUCCAGAAAAAACGCAACUCCAAAAAAGGCAUUGGACGUUCAAUUAUGCGGCGCAUCACAGAAAUACCCGAGACGGUGAGCCGUCAGUACAGUCGAGAAGACAGGGACGGAAGCGAACACGGCAGCAAUCGCAGUACCCUACGUAGAAACCCAUUUGAAUCUUCCCAUGGUGGAAAAUCCAGAGAGGACUCCCUAAAGAACAAGGUAUUCUCCUUGAAACGGUCCCACAGCUAUGACCAUACACACGACCAAGCGGAGAACUCUACAACCGAGUUGUCUCUGCUGAACACCUUAAUGGGGAGAAGGUCUGCAAAGAAAAAUCCAGAGGCACCAAAGGUCAAACCUGCAGAAUCUGCAGAGUCGGUGCCACUUGUGUGCAAGUCCAUCAGCGCACACAAUCUCGCAGCAGACAAGAAGCCUAUCCAUCUCCGGUCCUCGAUGAUACAGAAGAGUCUGAGUGUCAUAGCCAGUGCCAGAGAGAGAACCCUGGGGCUUGGAGGGAAGACCCAUAGUGUUGAGGACGCAAGUAAGAAAGGCCUCAAGGCCAGAGAUACCAGGAUGGUUUCAGAAGUCAACAAAUCUCCUGAAUGCUUCCCGAAGAUGAUCAUCAGCCAAUCUGUUGAGUACAGCAAGACCCCAAGUAAAAUGGGUAUCAUGAAGCAACAAGUGAGUGGAAGUCAACCAUCGAUUUGCUCUGAACCAGGGAGAAGCAAGGACCUUUAUGACCUUUCCGAGGUUUGCCCCUGGGAAAUGGAAGAUUUGCCCACUCUGUCAGAGGGGAAAGCUCAAAAGCAUGUUUCCAUUGCCCCAAGUGAGACUACCACGUUUCAUGAAAGCAGCUCUAAAAGUGGAAAGUCUCAACACAAACAAAGGAUGGUGGUUCCAUCUCCAUCAAACCGCCGCCGCUCCAAAGAUAAGGGUAGUAACAGAGAGGAAGGGGGUGACAAGAAUGAUGGGAGGAAACCCAAAACACCACUUAACUUGACUGCCUACAAUGCAGAGGUCUGCCCGUGGGAAUUUGAGGAUCCAUCAUCCAAAGGAGUUGAGACCCUUGACAGGACUAGCCGCAAGAAAAGUGUCACUCCAACAGAUGGAAAGCCCAAGAUCAUCCUCUCAGACAUCUCCAAAUCCACUGGAAGCCUUAUGCAGCCUCCAGCCCUCAUGGUGGACAUUUGUCCAUGGGACCAUGACCAACCACCAUCUCCUAACCAGGACAAGACCUCAAGCCCCACACAUCAUUCAAAGAGAAGGGACUCUAACUCAAAAAGGAAAGGUUCUUGCUCAUCAAAAGGGAAAGGGAAGGAUAAAGAGGACGAUAGCCAAAGAUUCAAAAGCAGGGAGAGGCGAAGCUCUUCCUGUAAACCUUCUGAGAAACGCCGUGUCAGCCAGACAUCAGAGAGUGGCCAGGUUACUGUGACAGCACCUGGUAGAAGGAGAAGCUCGACAAAAGAGGCUGGAAUCACUGAUAAUAAGCAUGCUGACGUGUGGCCUUGCGAAACGGAGUGUAUGCCAAGUGUCACCACGAAAGAUGGGGACAUCCACACACCAUCUCAAACAACUGCACCGGCUGCUAGAAACCUCAACAUGGCUGAGGUUUGUCCAUGGGAUUUCGAUGACAAGACAUUAGGGAACCAUGCAUGACACUUUUACACACUUAUCAAUGACUCUUAAGCUCUCCAGAUUGGAUUCAUGAGAUGAAGGAUGGUGGCAUGAGAAUUGCCUUAUGUUCACUUGUCUCAUUACAGUUUUCAAAAGCCCAUCUCAUGCUAACUGUUUGCAUUAAUCCUGAAGACUCCCACAAAUUUUUCUGCCAUUUUGUUUACAUGAACCAGCUUGACCGGAGUUGGAACAUCCUUCUUAUGCCGUUACAGUAUAAGGGUUUUGAACCCACUUUGGGUUUGAAUGGAACCCUGGUGUGUUUUCACCUUUGGCAAUAACACACUCUGGUAUGAGAGUAGUGGUCUCUGUAUCGCUUCCAAGUGAAUUCUAGCAAGAAAGCAAUUCAUCUCUGCAUUGUCCCGAAUGACGCUGGACAUGAUACACAAAAUGUUUUUAAACUAGUUCUCAGUGGUUCUCUGGUCAUUUUUGUGAUUUCUAAAAGGUUUGUUUACAUUUUUCCCCAGCUGUAUUUCUGGCCAAUGAAUGACAGCAUUUUAUGAGCAUGGUUUGUUGUUUUUUUAGCACUACAUGCAUCUCAGCCAACGUUCGUUGGACGUGAAACAAAGCAGCAAACGAUGUGCCGAUUCGUACUCGUCAAGCAGUCUACGUGUGAACACCUCCAGAGAACUGCUCAAAAUUUCACAUUUUUGUUUUUGAGUGAAACAAAAGCACAACUUUUAUUUUGCAGUACCACAUAAUGUUGUUUAAACACCAAAUCACCCCCGAGUCUGACAUUAGGAUGGUCUAAAGAGCUGUUCUGGAUGGAUAAUAAAUUUGAAUAUAUGGAUUCGGCCUGAUUUAAAAUGAAAUUGUAACAAGGAAAUCACGAAAAGCGAAUAUUUUACAAAUUCAGUCCCUGAGAUAUGUUUGAUCUAGUUUAUCUAGCAGCCAUUUUUAACCAAAGAACAUCAUUAGCAUCUGCAAAACAUACAUCUUCCCACAAUUAAUUAUAAAUCGUCAGCACACACGUGAAAAGUCGGACAUUUCUUCAAUAGGAGAGCACGACAUGUCUUAUUUGAGAGGGAAUUGCAUGGAUGAGUGGCGUGGUUACGUUAUUGUUGAUAUCUUUUCCCCUCGACUCCCACUUGAAUACUGUAGUGUUGUGAUUUUGCAUCAGUAUUCCUUGCUGUAAUAACACAUUGUCACUCAACUGGAUUAUUUAUCUCCGUAUUCCUAUGAAAUAGUGUUCCAGUGGUUUCUGCAUGACCGUGAAUAAACACAGUUGCUUGUU